AGUAAAGUGAUACAAAUAGAAAAAAAACAUUUAGAAAUAGCUCUACAAAUACUUCAUAAAUACCCUUACACUUUUUACGCUUACGGUUCGCGGGUAAAAGGGACCGCACACAAGUUUUCUGAUUUAGAUUUAUGUUAUAAGGAGAAUAUUCCUAUUUCAAUUACUAGAAAAAUCAAGGAGGAAUUUCAAGAAUCAAAUCUUCCUUUUCCUCUUACUGUUGCAAUUUCAUCAGAAACUGUAUUUAGUUGUCCAACAACUUUGUUUAGUUCUUUAAAAGGAAAUAUUUAUUCACCACCUAAGCAAGUUUUAAGUAUUAAGAUUGACCCGCAUCUUUAUCAACAGUUAAAAACUGAUAUUGGCAAGGGGCGUAUUAGUCGCUUUGUCGAAGGAUUAAUCGCUCAGGAACUAAACUCCCAAGACCAAAAACUAGCCCAAGAAUACCAAGCAGCCGCCCAAGAUAAAAAACGCUGA